AUGUCUGACCUGAAAGCUAAUUUCGAAGCUGCUGCCGAGGCCGUCAAGACGCUCACCAGCCUCAAAAACGAUGAGAAACUCGCAGUGUACUCUUUAUACAAGCAAGCCACUGUAGGAGACAACACGACGGCCGCUCCUGGUAUGUUUGACAUGCGUGGCAAAGCCAAGUGGGAAGCUUGGAAUACUAAGAAGGACAUGUCCUCGGAAGAUGCAAUGAAGGCUUACAUUGCUGAAGUAGAGAAGCUAAAAAGUGCUUAUGCCUAUACGUAG